AUGGCGGCAAUGAAAGGAAGCAAGGCGAAUCUCUCUGCACUUGCCGAGAAAUGCAAAACUAUAAUCGUUUCGAACUGGCAAGGGUACCUAAACACCAUCAAACCCGAAGAUAAAGCAAGUAUAAUACAUAGUUCAAAGAUUAAGUACGUGAUAAGACGAGGAAAGCCAUAUCUCUGGGUACCUGAAAGUGAACCUCACAAUGUCAACAUAAUGUUUGAUGAACGUGGAUCCUUCUCUAUUGCUCAUCCGUAUCCUGGCCCUCUUGCAGCUUUGUUGAAGUCAAUAGGAAAGCUUCCAAACAGGGUUGCUCUUACCGGAGAGAUUGUCCCUGUGAAAGAGAAAAGGAUUGAGGCGGUGAACAAAUAUGUGGAGGAAGCUAUACAAUCAGAGAUGGGUGCGAUUAGCGAGUCCACAAAUUCAGUCCGCAGCAUCUUGAACUCUUCCAACCAGAUGUAUGCCUCACGAUGCGAGAGUCUUAAAGCUCUGGUUAGUAAUGGUGGAAAUGAGAAGUAUCUUAUUUACAAGUUCGUUCCAAGCUCAUGUAUGUUUGUCGACCCAAAUGGUGCCAAGAAUGAAAUAGACUUGAAGGUUUUGGAGCUGUCAAAAGCAGAUCCAUUAGGGACUUGGUCUACAAAACUUGUGGAUGGAAUCAACAGGAACGAAUCGAGAAGACGGGCUUUGAUUCUUUUCUGUUUGUACUAUCUCGAUAUAAACGCAAGGGAUGCUUACAUGGUAUCUGUGGAUAAGAAAGGUUUUGACUUGUUGGGGAAGGUACCGAGUGAAGAAGAAGCUGGAGAUGAGUAUCAAUGGAGAGAGUUUAGGUUUGAGUUUGAAGAAGAUGUGAAAGACGUUGAAGCUUUUUGCCUUCAGCUUGUGGAAAUGGAACAAGAGGUUGUCAACAAGUUCACUAACCAUACCGGUUUGUGA